AUGGCGGAUAUUGCGAUUCUGGUGGCGGAAGAGUACGAGAGGAGAUUGAAUCGGGAGAGAAGGAGUUCAGUUUCUGCUGCAGCUGCUUCGGAGAGGAAAGUGGAUUGUGCUCGUCUGGCUGCUGCUGGAACUUUGAGGAGCAAGAUGGUGGAGUUUGUGAAGAACAAGAAGGUCAUUGUAGAGCCAAAGUCACAGAUUAGCCUAGCUGCUUCUACUGGCUACUUUUCCGCCUGA